AAUCAAGGUGGCAGAAGCAACCCGAUCGGAUCGGGAUCUGCCAGUAGUUCGUCGGUGGUUUCGCUCCAAAAAUGUCUUGUGUUUCCCCAAAGUUCCACGAGUCUGGCCCAGUGACCCCGACUCAUGAUCAAACCCAGUCAAGUCAGGCCCAAACAGUCGGUGUGUAGGGCGAUGCCAGUCGCCUAUGCUACCUGCCCACUUGCAGCGCCUUAAUAUUGUAAUUGCAUCCCCGCACGUAUACUACGUUGCUAGUUAAGGCCUGACAAGAACCACAACACGCGCGCCAUGGAUCUGCGAGCGGACGCCUGCAAGGCAGGGAACCAUGGGCCUGCAUACGGAGUAGGUCGGUUCGGCCGGAUGAAAAUCAAUAAAGAAAAACAAGAGCAGGAAAAGCAAGUGUCAGCCGAAAGUACAAAUUGACUAAGGGUCUAGACUUCGCUGCAUGCGCAAAGGGCGCACCUUGCCUCCUUCCCUCUCUUCUUCACUCCCAGUCGGGUAAGCUACCUACCUUGAGGAUACGCAUAGGUCGGCAAAGACCAGGAUCAAAAGCCCAGCAUGCGCGCAGCAAGGAAAUCAGCAUCAAGCAGCAGCAGGAGCCCCAAAAUGGCAGCCGCUCAAGCUGUCCUCCUGCUCGCCGGCCACGUUGUCGCACAGUGCCCAGACUACGUAAAGUACUCGACGCAGCGACACGAGCCCUUUAGCACGGGACGAUAUGGCAUGUCGUACAUGCGACCGCCGCCCGAGUGUCGGACCUUCCGGGCAGCCGAGGUCGAGGAUGUCGUCGACCGGAUGAAAAAGACCAUCGCGGAUCCUGAUCUGGCGCGGCUGUUCGAAAACGCGUUCCCAAACACGCUCGACACGGCUAUCAAGUGGCACGGCGUUGCGGCCGACGACCCGUCCGAGGAGCUUACCUUCGUCAUCACCGGCGACAUCGACGCCAUGUGGCUGCGCGACUCGGCCAACCAGCUGCAAAGCUACAUGCCGGUCCUCAAGGCCAACAGCAGCAAGGAAAGCAUCGCUGGCCUGUUCAGGGGUGUCAUCAACCUGCAGGCCCGGUACCUGCUCACGUCGCCGUACUGCAACAGCUUCCAGGCUCCCGUUGAGAGCAAAAUCCCGCCCGCCGUCAACAACGCCGCCAAAGAGGACACUGUGAAACCGCAGUACAGCAACUCAUCCGUGUUUGAGUGCAAGUACGAGCUCGAUAGCCUGGCGGCGUUCCUGCAGAUAUCUGUGGACUACUACAACAAAACCCAGGACGCCGAUUUCUUCGGGAAGCACAAAUGGAGCGACGCGGUGCGGGCGACGCUCAAGGUAGCGAGGGACAUGCAGACGCCGACGUACGGGCCCGACGGGCAGGUGCUCGCCUCGCCGUACAUGUUCACGCGCGUCACACCCCGCGCAACCGAGACACUAACCAACGACGGCGCCGGCAGCCCCGUCGGCAACGGCACUGGUCUGAUCCGAUCGGCCUUCCGGCCCAGCGACGACAGCACGCUGUUCCAGCUCUUUAUCCCAGCCAACAUGAUGUUCGCAGCCAACCUGGGCGCGGCGGCUGAGAUUGCGGCCAAGAUCGGUGGAGGCGCGCUGGCUGAUGAGAUGCGGACCUUUUCCAAGCAGCUGCGCGACGCCAUCACGGCGCACGGCAUCGUCCCCGACACGACCAACGGUGGAAUCGGGGUGGGCCGCGGCAACAUCUACGCGUUCGAGGUGGACGGAUUCGGAUCGGCGGCGGUCAUGGACGAUGCCAACAUCCCGAGCCUGCUGAGCGCGCCGCUUUCGGGUUACGUGAGCCGGGACGACCCCGUGUACCGCAACACGCGGGCUGUGGUGCUUAACGAGAGAGGCGUCAACGACAACCCGUACUUUAUGCGCGGACCCGUCAUCAACGCAAUCGGCGGGCCACACGCCGGGCCUGGAAAGGCAUGGCCCAUGGCGAGCAUCGUGAGGAUCCUGACGAGCGACGACGACGAUGAAAUCACGAGGGUGUUGAAGGAGGUGGUUAGCAGCACCGAUGGGUUGGGUCUCAUUCACGAAAGCAUUAAUGCGCACAACCAGUCGGAUUGGACGAGACAAUGGUUUUCAUGGGCCAAUGGCUUGUUUGGACAGAUGAUUAUAGAUUUGGAGGGGAGGAAGCCCGACAUUUUGAAGAAGAGCUUCCAAUAGGCUGUGAAGUUUGUGGUUUGCUGUUAGAUUGUACCUAAGCCAAGGUAGCUCAAGGUACAAAAGGUACCUUGGAUAAAGCACCUAAUUAGCCCUGGCUGCAUGCAACAAUUCUUCCGACCAUCAACAAUUCUCUUGGAGUGGUUGACUCGAUAAUUCAGGCUGAGAUUUGCAGGGUUUGUGGAGCAAUAAUUGGUUCGGUGCAACACUGCAACCUCAUGCAAGCCAGCCACAAUGCGGAGGGAGUUGAAGAAAAAGAAAUGUGGCACAAUGAUGCGGAACGCGCCACGUUGACCCCAGCUUCAAGCAAGUGCAGAUAACCUGUAUGGAGACCUUCCGGAGUGAACAUGAUACCUGCGCUCGAGUCAACUCGCCGUGUCUUGUAACUUAAUCUUUUUUUCACGCUGUUCGGGACCUAAGCUUGAAGACGUAGAAGAACUGGCGACUUCCUCUUAUUGUAGCUGCAAUUUGUUUCU